AUGUGCAGAGCAUUUCAUCCUGCGGUUUCUAAACUUUUAGCGAUUUUCCCGUUCAUCGAAGCAUCAAGGCCCAGAAGCAAGUCUGGCAUACAGGCACUGUGUUCGCUGCAUGUUGCUCUGGAUAAAUCCAAAGGUCUUCUUCAACAUUGCGCAGAUUGCAGCAGGCUCUACUUGGCCAUCACCGCAGAAACUGUGCAUUUGAAGUUUGAGAAAUCAAGAAGCCAACUUCAGGAAAGUCUUCGGCGUGUCGAAAGCAUAGUAACCGAAGAUAUUGGCCAUAAGAUUGUAGAGAUCAUUGGUGAGUUGGAGGAGGUUGUAUUUACAUUGGAUCAAUCAGAGAAGGAAGCUGGUGAUGAGGUGAUCAAUUUGCUCCAGAGAAACAGUAAAAUGAACAGUUCCAGCGAUAGUGGGGAGCUUGAGGUCUUUCAUAUGGCUGCUCUGAAGCUGGGAAUUACUUCUUCCAGGGCAGCAUUGACUGAGAGAAGAGCCCUCAAGAAGCUAAUUGAAAAGGCUCGUUCUGGAGAUGAUAAGCGGAAGGAGUUUGUUGUGUCCUACCUAUACAAUCUCAUGAGGAAAUACUCGAAAUUUUUCAGAAGUGAAGCAGGCGAUGAUACCGAUUCUCAAGGAUCAGCCCCAUGUUCACCUACAGUAUUAGGCAUGGAUGACAUGUAUGGCCCCUGCGGAAACAGCCGAGCAUUCAGUAGACAGCUUUCGAGCAUUCAAUCAUUUAAUUCGAGGUUUGGGUCUUUCAAUUCGAGGCUUGGAUCAUUCAAUUGUAGGCCUAGUGGUCCAAGGUCCGAAAACAUGUCGAUCCCUCCCGAGGAACUCAGAUGUCCCAUUUCCUUGCAGCUGAUGUAUGACCCGGUUAUUGUUUCGUCUGGUCAGACUUAUGAGCGUGUUUGCAUUGAAAAAUGGUUUAAUGAUGGUCACAGCACAUGUCCCAAGACUCAGCAACAACUGGCCCACUUGUCUUUGACUCCAAACUACUGUGUUAAGGCCAUGAUUUCCAGCUGGUGCGAGCAGAAUGAUUUUCCAGUUCCAGAUGGUCCACCGGGAUCCUUUGAUGUAAAUUGGAGGCUUGCUUUAUCUGACUCCCAGGCGACGGGCUGUGUGUCUGUCGAUAGUUUUGACACUAGCAACAUCAAGGGUGUCAAGGUGGUUCCCCUGGAGAACGAGAGAAAGGAAGAACCGAUGAACAGCGAAUCAGGCACAUUGGAUGAUAGCUCUUGUUUUGAGUUUGAUAUGAAUGAGGGGUAUCGGAACUUGCUGCUGGUGCUUAAUGAAAGAAACAACAUACUGAGCCAGUGCAGAUUGGUUGAGCAGAUAAGAUAUCUGCUGAAAGAUGAUGAGGAAGCAAGGAUCCAGAUGGGCUCAAAUGGGUUCGCUGAGGCCCUAGUUCAGUUCUUAAGGUAUUCUGUGGAAGAAGGAAAUGAGAAGGCACAAGAAGUUGGUGCCAUGGCUCUUUUUAACCUUGCAGUCAAUAAUAAUAGGAAGAGCGUCAUCGCUUCCACCCAGGCUGUGCCAUUCCUAGUGGACCGUCUGUACAACCACGACGCCUGCGACCCGAAAGCCAGCUCCUGCAAGCAUGAUGCUCUCUACACGCUGUACAACCUCUCCACCUACCAGGCCAGCAUCCCGUCGCUCCUGUCGGCCGGCAUCGUGGACGCGCUCCACACGCUCCUGACGGACUCUUCGGUGUCCGAGGGCAUCGGGUGGACGGAGAAGGCCCUGGCGGUGGCCAUCAGCCUGGCGGCGACCCAGGCCGGCAGGAAGGAGAUCAUGUCCACCCCGGGGCUGGUGAGCACGCUGGCGAUGCUGCUGGACACGGGGGAGCCGACGGAGCAGGAGCAGGCGGUGUCGUGCCUCCUGGCGAUGUGCGCGGCGGACGACAAGUGCAUCGCGCCGGUGCUGCAGGAGGGCGUGGUGCCGUCGCUGUCAAGCAACCGUUUGUUCUCUUUUGUCAACACGACGGUCCUCUGCUCACUGACAUGUGGGCUCCAUGGUCCUGUGAAGCUAAUUUCGUUCUUCAGGGAGGCUCGACUCCUCAUCAAGGAGAUUUAUUUACUUGCUCACGGAAUUACAGGGGACGGGAGGUGCCUGUUCCGGUCCGUCGCCUAUGGCGCCUGCAUAAGGAGAGGCAAGCAGUCGCCGAGCGACAGCGCCCAGAAGGAACUCGCCGACGAGCUUCGAGCAAAGGUUGCAGAUGAGUUCAUCAAGCGACGAGGAGAUACCGAAUGGUUCCUCGAAGGCAAUUUCGAGAGCUAUGUGCGGAAGAUGAGGAAGCCUCACGCCUGGGGAGGAGAACCUGAGCUGCUCAUGUGCUCACAUGUUCUUGGGAUGCCCAUCACCGUCCACAUGUACACCAAGGGCACCGAUAACCCCAGGAUCAUAGCAGAGUAUGGCCAGGAGUACGGCAAGGACAACCCGGUCCGUGUUCUAUACGACGGUUAUGGGCACUACGACGCGCUGCAGCCAUCUCUUGAGAGGAGCGUAGCUAACCGGAGAAUGGUGCGCUAUGGGGUACUAACCAAUACAGUGAUGAUUAGUAAAAGACUAGCCCGGAACCAGCAGAGGAAAAAAACCCAGAACUAUGGGGCACGUUCAAAGGAGGCUCUUUUCUACGAAGAUAGAAGAUGCUUGGAAGUACCUGGAUUAGAAGAUUGGAGAUACCAAACAGAAAGGUGGCUCUUUUCUAUGAAGAUAGAAGAUGCUUGGAAGUACCGGGGUCGGCAGAGUUGUUCUCAAAGAGAAACGGUGCAGAAAAGGCUAGAUCCCAGCUCGGAGGUUCCGAAUGGAUUUGCUCGGGAGUACUGGACCUAUAAUGGGACUCAAAGGGCUGAAGCAAAUUGA